GGGGAGUUCGUGACUGCUUUACGACAACACUCGUACUCGAUUUCAUGGAGGAUUAUUUCCGACGCUACACAACACGCGCGAUACCCGAUGCAGCUGGAAUGGAAUUGCAACUCUAUACCGAGGAAAUAUGGCUGGCGUGCUCUAAAGACGUCGCGGACAGACGCGAGCAUGGCGAGAUAGGAUGAAACGACUUUAAGGUGGACAUGCACAUAAAAGAGACGGGACGAGAUAAUGCUGCACACGCCACAUCAUCCUCUCGGUAUACAGUACAAAGUGACGAUGGGGGAUGGCCAUUGUUGCUACAUAGUAUCUACCCUCUCUUCCCUUUUUAUUUUUAUUCUUGUUUUAUUCUUCCUCUGUUUUCUUCUCCCUUUUGUCAUCUUAUCUCGACGGCUCAGUCCUUGGCUUCUCCUUUUCUGAGUUGUAAUCAUCAUCGCAUGCAUCACGGCGUUGGGUUUACAUAUCUGCCUUUUGAAUUCUUGGGGGUUUCUCAAAACGGGAGAGUUAGGUGGCGGUCAAUGGCCAGGAUUUCUCAUAUUCCUGACUACCUACCUACCCGAUACCUUGGCUAGGUAUUUUGAUUUCACAUUCAUGUAUACCCGCAGUGUUUGCUAGUAUCUACGGAGUAUCUACCUAAGGCAGCUAUCUGCCUCGGCACAUUGUUAUCCUAGGUCUUCACAUGGAACAUCUUUUGUACAAUACAGUACAAUCCCGCCGU